AUCCUUUUUUUAUCCCCACAGAGAAAAAAAAUACCUUUUAUUUAUCAACAUGCCUUCACCACCUAAACCUUGGGAAGUGAACAAUCCUAAUGCUUCAGCCGUUGUGACUUCUCCUACUACUGCAACUAAUCUAACAACUAGCACAGCGCCUGACAUUCCUAAUCGUCCAACAACAACAACAACAAAUGAUACCAUUGCAACUCCAGCCAGACCCUUGGGAUACUCGAAUGGAUAUGGCUCCACUGGAUAUGGAACUACUGGAUAUGGAUCAUAUGGGUCAUAUGGAUCCACUGGUUAUGGCUCUACUGGAUAUGGAUCAUAUGGAACCACUGGCUAUGGUGGUAUUGGAUCCACUGGUUAUGGUGGCUAUGGUGGCUAUGGAAGUUAUGGUAGCUCAUAUGGAGGUUACGGAAGCUAUGGCCGCUAUGGUGGAGGAUAUGGUAUGGGUUAUGGUAUGAACCGGUUUGGACCCAUGAAUCGUCCUGGAGAAGAUAUGCCUCUUACUCAGCGUAUGGAAAUGGGUACUCGACCAGCAUUUGAAGUAGUAGAGAACAUUGUCGGAUCCUUUGGUGGAUUUGCCCAAAUGCUUGAAUCAACCUUUAUGGCAACACAUUCGAGCUUUAUGGCCAUAAUGGGAGUUGCUGAACAAUUAGGAUAUCUCAGAAACUAUCUAGGACAGGUGUUUAGCGUCUUUGCCCUCUAUCGUCUGGUAAAACGAUUUAUUCAAAAAAUAACUGGACGAGCACCCGCUGUUAAGCCGAUGGAGAUCAAUGCAUCAGAAUUUUAUCAGUUUGACCAAACAAGCAAACCCAAGAUGUCACGUAAACCAUUCAUUGUGUUCAUGCUCAUGGUAGUUGGUCUUCCAUACCUAAUGCAUAAACUAAUACAAGUCAUUUCGAACAAUCAAAAACGCCUACAAGAACAACAGUUACAACAACAGCAGCAGCAGGCAGCAACAAUUGAUCCUUCAAAAUUAGAAUUCGCUCGUGCAAUGUACGACUUUGCAGCAGAGUCACCGAUGGAACUGAGCCUGAAGAAAGGCGAUAUUGUCGCCAUUAUUACCAAGUUAGAUCCAGUAACGAAUGCAGCAAGCCAAUGGUGGAAAGGAAGACUUAGAGACGGAACAAUGGGUAUGUUCCCUGCAAACUAUGUGGAAAUCAUCCAAAAGGCGUCAAAGGACAGUAAUGAAGUUAAAGCGAUAAAGGAAGCAGAUGAUGCCAUGAAAGCGAUCGAAGAAACAAAGAAUUAAGAACGCAGAUACCUUUUUAUUAUAUUAUCUUUAUUAUUAUUAUCGUCAUCAUUAUUACCCCCUUUUUUUUGUUAUUGAUGGUAUUGUAUAUUAUUACAGUGAUUUUAUAUAUGGAGCCGAAGCUCAAGCUUAUUAAAGUGACAAUGAGAUUAGUUGC